AUGCAACCUACCAAUGUUGCCUUGUCUGCUACUUAUCCUAAUGUAACAAUUUAUGGUGGCAACAGAGCAAACUUUCUCUCAUCAUGGUUUUUUUUUUGGAUAUUUCGUCUGUUAAAAAUAUCCAGAAAACAUAAUUUAGGAAGUGAAAACUUGACUUUACAAGAGUCUGAAAAGGCGCAGGUUGUAGGUGACAGGUUGGAAGGUUUUUGGAGGUUUGAGACUGAUAAUAAAAAAUCCAGUAAACCAUCAAUUCGUCGGGCUCUUAUCAAAUCAUUUGGAACUUCCUAUGCACUUCUUGGAAUUUAUAAGCUCUUCGCCGCUGGAUUCAUGUUUGUGGGUUAUUAUUACCUUAUAAAUCAACUGAUUGUAUACAUCGAAGUGCCAAAUGUACCGAGUAUUCCAAAUACUGCUGAGCAUUUGCAUGGCAUGGGCUUGUUCCUGUGUGCUUUAGCGUUUAGUAUAUUUAACAAUCAAGUGACUUCAGAAUCAACACGAAUAGGUGUUCAGGUUCGUGCCGCGUUAAUGGUUUUGGUAUAUCGAAAAUCAUUACGACUUGGUACAAUUGGUAGUGGUAUUGGUGAUAUUGUCAUGAUUGUCUUGGUUUGGAUUCAAUUGAGCUUGGCGGCUUUACCUGCCUUGAUUAUUCUUCUCAUAUUGUUUCCCGUUCAAUACAAACUCGGGAGACUUACGUCAAAUAUUUAUUAUUCAAUAUCAAAUAUCACUUCUUCACGUAUCCACCUUAUGUCAGAAAUUUUAACUGCCAUAAAAGUUAUUAAAUUUUAUGCUUGGGAAACUUAUUUCCGUGAGCGUGUUGGUAAGGUUAGAAAUAGGGAGUGGACUCAAUUGAUUACUGGCAUAGUUCUUAAAGUAUGGACAUUUUGUGUUGUAUUCGGUGCUCCCAUUUUGGCUAUGUUGGGUUGUCUUUGCGUUAAGCUUGUGGCAUACAAAUAUCCAAAUAAUGUGUUGUUUCCUAAUACAAUGUUUACUGUCUUGGCUUUAUUUUAUACUAUCAAAAAAUUAUUUAUAAGAUAUCCACUAAUGAUGUUUCCUAUUGCUGUGAGAACUACAUUGGGUGCAUUGGAUUCUUUUGAACGUUUAGAUGAUUUUUUAUUAAAACCUGAAUUAGAACCUUUAGUAGAAGAAAGUAGUCCAAUAAAUGAUGAUCAAAGAAUAAUGGUUUAUAUUAAAGAUGCUGAUUUUUCUUAUGAAGGAACUACUCGUCCAGCCUUGAAAUUCUUAGACUUAACAUUAAAACAAGGUGAAGUUAUUGCAGUUGUUGGAGAUGUUGGUGCUGGAAAAUCUUCCAUUCUGGCUGCAAUUUUAGGCCAGCUUCGUAAAGAGAAUGGUGUUCGAAAAAUUCGAGGUUCAAUAUCUUAUGUUCCUCAUGAUGCAUGGUUGUUAAAUGAUACUUUAAAGGAGAACAUUCUCUUUGGUAAUGAAUGUGAUGAUGAAAGGUAUCAGGAGGUUAUUCACGUAUGCGCAUUAAGAAGAGAUCUGGAGUGGUUAAGUAAUGGUGACAUGACAGAAAUAGGUGAAAGAGGUGUGAAUUUGAGUCUUGGUCAGAGGCAAAGAGUUAGUUUAGCUAGGGCAGUGUAUUCUAAUGCUGAUAUUGUAUUAUUGGAUGAUCCGCUCAGUGUUAUGGAUCCAGUGAUAGGAAAACAUAUUUUCCAUGAAUGUAUUCGUAAAUAUCUAAAGUUUCUAUCUGAAUGUGAUCGUAUAAUAGUUAUGAAAAAUGGUGAAUGUGUGGAAGAUGGUACAUAUGCUGAAUUAAUUGAAAAAGAUGUAUCUCUUGCCUCAUUAAUCAAUGAUUACGUGGAAAUUGAAGAUCCGGAUCAAAUUGAUGAACUUAUUAACGAAAUUCGUCUUGAACCAGUUCCUGACGAAGAUAAUAAUAUUGAUGAUUUUGAUAUUAUUGCCACAGACUACUCUAGAGACGCAAAUCUUAACAACUCUCUCUCGCUUAAUCGUACUCUAUCUAACACUGAAGUUAAUGAACAUACAAUUUCACGCAUAAUAGAACGUAAUACACACACAUCUCAGGACAUUAAUGAAAUUACAAUUUCUAAGUUGAUCGAAAGAAAUAAUCUAUCUGUUCUUAGUGGUGCUGGUAAGACAAGAGUGAUGGGUCCUAAAGUCAAUCGCGAGAUGAAUGCUACAGCUGUUGCUGUCGAGAAAAAUCAGUUGACUAUUCAUAGUUUAAAUGAACGCGAGGGAAUUCCACCGAUAAUUAUUGACUCUGAAGCAAGGAAAAAAGAUUCCAAAGCUGGAUUUAAUGUAUAUCUUGAUUAUUUCCGGAAAUCGACCGGACUUGGUCUAACUUUCUUGAUGAUUUCAUUAUUUUUUAUAAUGACCGCUAUAAGGAUAUUCAGUGAUUGGUGGCUUGUAAAGUUAGUAGAAACAAGUCAAGAUGCAAACUUUGGUUACCUUCUUGGUGUUUACGGUGCAUUAGUGGGUGCUGUUCUCCUUGGUGUUUUUAUACGAGGCGUGUUUUACGCUUGGAUUGUAAUGCGAAAGAGUGAAUCUUUACAUGAUCGAACAUUUGUAAAAAUAAUGCGUGCCCCAAUGUCAUAUUUUGACGCUACACCUCUUGGACGUAUAUUGAAUGUAUUUGCCAAACAUCAAUACCUUGUUGAUGAUGUUCUAAGUGACAAUGCGUUACAGUUUUUAACAUAUGUCCCUCUUGUAAUUGGUACUAUCGUCUUUGUCAUUGUUCUCGUACCAUAUACCGCGAUAUCCGCUGUAGUGUUGGUCUUUUUAACAUGGCUUAUAAUUCAUAAUUCAAGGGAUGUUGAGGAAAGGUUUAAAAUGUUGGAUGCUAAUAGUAAGCCGCCUAUUUUUGCACAUUUAUCAGCUUCAUUAGAAGGGCUUGCGAGCAUUCGUAGUUAUAAGGUUGAAAAAAGAUUUGAUAAUUUAAAUAUUGAAAAAGUUGAUACAAAUAAUAAAGCUUUAUUUACUUUGAUGCAAGUCAAAUCCUGGCAAUCAUUAUACAUUGACAUAAUGGCAUCAAUCUUCAUUUAUACCACUAUAUUAUUUGUCAUUCUUUUACAUAAUUCAAACAGUGUUACUCCAGCGUAUGCAGGUUUGGCGAUUGUUAGCGCGUCGCAACUACUUAUCUUUGGUCAUUCUACGAUUCGUUCUGGUCGCGAUGUUGCAGCAAUUAUGGAAAGUGUGCAACAAUUAUUAUAUUUCCGUCAAAACAUACCAUCCGAGAAUCCUAGUAUAGUCGAUGGUAGUCGACCUCCACAAAAUUGGGGCGAACGUGGCGAGAUUGUAUUCCAGAAUGUCAUCCUUCGUUACAAUAGAUAUGGUGUGGCUGUUCUAAAAGGUAUCUCUUUCCAUAUUAAACCUCGGGAAAAAAUUGGUAUUGUAGGAAAAACUGGCUCAGGCAAAUCAACGUUACUUGUAAGCUUGUUACGAAUUGUUGAAUUAUCCGAUGGUCAGAUUUUGAUUGAUGACUUGGACAUUAGCACUAUUGGAUUACGUGACCUCAGAAGUAAGAUUGCAAUUAUUCCGCAAGAACCCGUGAUAUUUGCUGGUACAAUAAAAUCAAAUCUUGACCCAUUCAAUAAAUGUACUGAAGAUGAAAUAUGGAAAGCACUUGAAGCAGCUCAUUUAGAUGAAAAGGUUAAAUCAAUGCCUGACAAAUUAGCAACAGUACUCCUUGAAAGUGGAAAAAAAUUUUCGCUUGGUCAAAGACAAUUAUUCUGCAUAGCCAGAGCACUUUUGAAGAAGACAAAUAUUUUAGUUUUAGAUGAGGCAACAAGUGCUGUUGAUGCUGCAACUGACCGUUUAAUUCAAGAUACAAUUAAAAAGCAUUUUGCUGAUCAUACCAUUUUGACGAUAGCUCAUCGAUUGAAUACAAUAAUGGAUGCAGACAGGAUAUUAUGCUUAAAUGAAGGACAUGUUGAAGAAUUUGAGCCACUAGAUAAAUUACUAAGUAAUCCGAAAGGAUUCUUUUAUCAGUUAGUAGCACGUAGCGGACAGGACGCAGUCCAAAGACUAAAAGAGAAAAUGGGGAUACAUGAUGAAUCAUCUUCAAGUAAACAUGUCGAUAAUCAUUCAAAUUCACCAAAUACAAGCACUGAUAAUACUGAUAAUAGUAUAAAUCAACAAACAUCUACUCAUACUCAUCAUAUGCCGCAAUCGUUAGGAGAAGUUUUUGAACCAUCAACGCCUUCAGCAACAUCAGCAUCACAACCUUAA